AUGUCCCCGUGCGUCAAUUCUUCUGUGCAGUGUGCGACCCGAAAAAGUUUACCCAACAUGAUGAUUCGUCGGUUUUUGUCAUCGGCGGCGUACGAUGCCACAUUAAACACACUCAAGCGGGAUCUUAAGACCGCCAUGAUGCAGAAAAAGGCGGUGGAAAAGAACACCGUCAAGUCGGUGAUUGCAGCCAUCAAGGGAGCCGAAAUCGACGGUCUGAAACAGGACGAAUUUGCACUUUUCAAGACGCUUUCCAAAAUGCACAAGCAGCGAGUUCAGUCUGCUAGUGAAUAUGCCAGUCAGAACCGAGACGACCUUGCUCAGGUGGAACAGGCAGAGGCAGGCAUCAUUGAGCGGUACUUGCAGCUGCUUCCAGUUGCAUCGUCGGCGCAGGUGCAGGACAAACUUCGCCAGUUUUGUCUGCAGGUCCAGAGCCAAGAGGGAGAGGUUCCUAUGAAGAAGGUGUUUGGGAUGGUUGGGGAGGUUGUAGGCGAGUGGAACACGUCUAUGGAGCUUGUGAGACCGUUGGUACCUGGGGUUUACAAGGAGGUUUGGGGAGAUAAGAAGAAGUAA